AUGUUUCAGGCCUCUGUGGUCUUUGAGGAUGUGGCUGUGAAGUUCACCCCAGAAGAGUGGGCUUUGCUGGAUCGUGGUCAGAGGAAGCUCUACAGAGAUGUGAUGCUGGAGACCUGCAGGAAUCUGUCCUCCGUGGAGAAGCAGAAAUUUCACAGCAAUGGAGAUCUGACCCGAAAGCAAGAAGGGCUUUUGAGCAGUCCUUUGUUGGAGAGUGUCUGUGAACGUAUUGAAGGAGAUCAAUGUGGAGAAACCCUGAACCCAAUUACAAGUCUUACUGUGCAUGAGGGGUGUCCUACUGGAGGCAAAUCCUGUGAAUGCACUAAGUGUAGAGAAGCCUUUGCAGAUGGUUCCUUCCUAGAGAAGCCGCGAAGACCUCACCCACGACUCAAACCUAGUCCUGGUGAGGAGUGUGGGCAGGCUUGCAGCUCUGUUAUGAGCCUCAACACUCAUGUGGACACAGACCUUGUAGAGAAACCCUGUGAAGGUCAGGUCACCGGGAGAGCAUCGGAGACAUAUGCGAAGAGUCUCCGUAGUAAAAAGUCUAUAGAGUGCAAGAAAUGUGGGAAAACUUUCACUUGCACAGCUUCCUUUAAACGUCAUGUGCAAGGUCACUGUGGACAGAGGGUCCAUGUGUGUGACACGUGUGGGAAAACCUUCGUGUAUCACUGCUACCUUACACGUCAUGUGAGAAUUCACACUGGGGUGAGACCCUAUGAAUGUCAGGAGUGUGGGAGAGCCUUCGGGUAUAAGUCAAGCCUGCAAAACCAUGUCAGGACCCACGCUCGGGAGAAACCCUAUAAAUAUCAGCCGGGUGGGAAAGCCUUCCCUGGUCAGCAUUCCUUUCGAAUACCUGAGAGAAAACACACAGGGUAUGCACCCUUUGAAUGUAAGGAGUGUGGCAAAACUUUCAAGAAACGUCUACAUUUUGAAUGUCACAUGACCACACACAAUGUAGUGAAACCCUAUGAAUGUCUGGAGUGUGGCAGAGCCUUUAGGCAUCACUCAGACCUGCGAGUUCAUAUGAGGACACACACUGGGGAAAGACCCUAUGAAUGUAAGGGAUGUGGGAAAUCCUUCCGGAAGUAUCAUCAUAUUAAACGUCACAUGGUUAUUCACAGUAUAGUGAAACCCUAUGAAUGUAAGGAAUGUGACAGGGGCUUUGGGGAUCAAACACACCUGAGAAUACAUAUGAGGACACACACUGGGGAAAGACCGUAUGAAUGUAAGCAGUGUGGGAAAGCCUUCAGAUAUCAGUGGAAUCUGCGAGGACAUGUGACAACACACACCAGGGAGAGACCCUAUGAAUGUCCGGAGUGUGGGAAAGCCUUCAGGUAUAAGUCAUGCCUACAAGAACAUGUGACAACACACACGGGGGAGAAACCCUAUGAAUGUCAGGAGUGUGGGAAAGCCUUCAGGUAUAAGUCGUGCCUGCGAGAACAUAUGAGGAGACACACUGGGGAGAGACCCAAUAAAUGUCAGCACUGUGGGAAAGCCUUCCUUCGUCACUACACCCUCGUACUACAUAUUAUGAGAAGACACUCAGGGGAUGGACACUUGGAAUGUAAGGAGUGUGGGGAAACUUUCAGGAAACAUCGACCUUUUGAACGUCACAUGACCACACACAAUGUAGUGAAACCCUAUGAAUGCGAGGAGUGUGGCAAAACCUUCAGGUAUCACAGAGACCUAAGGAUACAUGUGCGGACCCACACUGAGGAAAAACCCUUUAAAUGUCAGCACUGUGGGAAAGCCUUCCCAUCUCCUUCAAACCUGGGAGUACAUAUGAGGACACACUCUGGAGGGAGAUCUUACGAAUGUCAGCGGUGUGGGAAUGCCUUUACCUCUCCUGCUAGCCUGCGAGCCCAUAUGAGGACACACGCUGCGGAGAGACCUUUUGAGUGUAUCGAGUGUGGGAAAGCUUUCAAUCAGCUGCAAAUUUUUCAAAGUCAUUUGAAAACACACAGCACCAUUAAAUCCUAUGAAUGUAAGAAGUGUGGGAAGGUGUACAAGUUCUCCUCGUCUCUUCGAGCGCAUAUGAAGAAACACCCUGGGGAGAGACCUUGACAGAUCACUGCUUCCUUCAAGAACAUGUGAGGCUGCACAGUGGACAGUAAGCCUCUGUAUGCAAGGACUCUGCUAAGACCUUCCAGUGUCCCAAAGUCCUGGGCAGAACCUUAUGAAUGACUGCUGUGUGGGAAAGCCCUCAGUUGUCCCUCUUCCCUUCGAGGACCCAUGUGAACUUAAGCACCAUGGAAAAGCCUUUGGGUAUCCCAGGAGUCUGUGAGCACAGACACACUGUGGCAUAGCAUUUAUUCUCCCUUAAAUUCUUACUGAAAAUGCGAGCCAGUACAAUGGAGAUGAUCCUGAAUGGACACAAUUUUGGGAAAACUUCAGGUAUAGAACUUCGUGUAUUUUGUUCAUGAAAAUUCAGGCGGGAGAGAAAUAUUUUCAUUGUUGUGAAUAUGGUUUUGAGUUUCCAGGUGCCUCUUCCUUGAUUGGGAUCCCAAGUGUAUGAAUUCCUAGUUUGUGUCACUGAUGUUAACACUGAUGGUUUUAAGUGGCCUUCUUUGUCCUCUACAUCUGUGUGACCUAGAUGUUGUUACCUCAGACUUGAAGUAAUCACACGGUUAUGUACAUGUCUCUUUCCCAUUACAAUGUCUUUUGGACCCAUAGGUGAUAAAAAUGUGUCUGUUGCUGGUGUGUACAUAUAACUUUAUAUACUUUUACAAAGAAAAUUUAUUGAGUUAUACAUUCCAAAAUGUUCUUGUUACAUUAUCAUGAUAUGAGACUUGUAUUUUCGAAAGUUCUUUUCUGUCCUCUGUUGUGAAACUGGAAUAUUCUCAUUUUGUGUCUACUCUACUUUUCUGUCCUUAUUAUUGGGUGAUAUAUUUUCAUAUCAAUUCUUUUUAUUCAGUUUUUUUAAAAAUUUAAGAAAUGUUUAUUUUUGAGAGCAAGAGAGUACAUACAUGGGGGAGGGGCAGAGAGAGAGAGGGAGAUAUACAAGCAGGCGCUCAGGUUCUGAGCUGUAAAUGCAGAGCCCAGUGUGGGGCCCGAACCCAUGAACUGUAAGAUUGUGACCUGAGCUGAAGUCAUAUGCUUAACCGACUGAGUCAACCAGGUGCCCAUUCUUCUUCAAUUUUUAAAGUUGAUACUGGUUUUGUGUUUCUGGGAGUCAUUAUUAGUGUCUUCGGUUGAUUUUCUUCUAAAUUAUGACUUAGAAGAACAUCCCUUUGAACCAUAACUCAGGUUUGCUUUUUUUUUUUUUUUUUUCCACGAGCAGUGAUUGUGGUGGAAAUACCACUGGGGUGCUUUCCUCUGGCCCUGAGGAGGUAAAGUGUGGAAUGACCAGUACCCUUAAUAUCAGCCACAUCAGCCAGCCAAAGUAUGCCAUCUGAUAAAUUCUGGACAUAGGAGCCUCUUCAUUUUUAUCCUUAUUAGAGAUAAAAACACUUCAUUGUUUCCAUAACAUUCUGCAGUUCUGAGGUGCCCCAAAGGCAUUCCAGCUAUGGGACGAAAUGUUUUUGGUGGUACCCUUGGUAUUUGGUCAUGCAAUGGUGCAUAACAUCCUGUUGGGCUGGACGUCGAAGGGAAAAGUAUUGCUGCUUCGGUGCCUUUAAAAGGAUUUGCAGGGUAUGUGAUUGACUAGGUCAAUAGAGCACGGUAUUCUUGGUCUUGGAUUGUGGGUUUGAGCCCUACAUUGUGUGUGGGAUGAGGUUAGCAAAUAAUAAAAUGGAAUCUUAAUGGGCAACUGGGUGGCUCAGUCGUUUUAAGCGUCUGAUUUCAGCUUAGGUCAUGAUCUCACAGCUUGUUAGUUUGAGCCCCGCAUUGCCCUCUGUGCUGACAGCUCAGAGCCUGGAGCCUGCUUUGGGUUCUGUGUCUCCCUCUCUCUUUGUUUCUGUCCCACUAGCACUCUGUCUCUGUCUCUCAAAAAUAAAACGUGAAAAAAAUGGAAAAAAAAAGAAAAUAAUAAAUGGAAUCUUAAUUGGAAAAAAAAAAAAAAAAGGAUUUGCAAAAGUAUGCCCAAGGUAAUAUGAUCCUCUCUGGCUAUAGGUAUGGUCCUGGUGUUCUUUGGAGGUCUUUCACAAAGUCAUUAUCCUAGAGUUAUUAAUGUACUACAGUCAUGUUAACGACAGUCUUGCGUAUGCAAGAAUUUUAAAAAUUGACCUGAAGGGAAACAACCAUACAAUCAUAAUGUACCUGGUAUUAUGACCAAAAAUGCAUGAGACUUUCAACUAAGAAUUGUCUCAUGAGAACUAGCCAGACAGAUUUAACACCCCAUAAGUGGAAACGCAUAUUUUGAUAAAAUCUCUCAGCCAAUGAAAAGUAAAGAGAAUUACAUUCAUUAGUAUACAUGUGGUUUAAAAAUGAUUAACGAGUUUUCUUCUGGGCAACAUGCAUACAAACUUGUGUUUGACUAAACAAAUGCACACCGUUUUUAAUCACAAUAUA